AUGCAACCAUAUUACUAUCAAACUACCACCUAAACAUAUCCCUAAUAAUUUUCCACCAAUACAUAGAAUCUCAUACUAAUUCCUACAGUUUACGGGAACUAAAAUCAGUGCUCUUGCAUAUGUAGCUGCUAAGAAAAGCAAAUUCCAUCAAAUAAUUCCUUCAAUAGUUUUAUUAUUGGACAAAUAAACGAAAAUUCAAUCACUACGGAAAAAUCUAAUAAUGGAAUAAGUGAAGGCGGAAGAUAAAAAGAUAACAAUGUAAUAACUCUGAAUAUGAGUUUGGAUACUAUAAAUGAAAGCAAUGAAUUAGAAUAUAUUCGACACAAGCUUUGCAUUUCUGAUUCAAUCCCCAUCGAAAUAUCAGAUCCAGAUGAGUCUAUUAAAGAAAUGAUACCUAAAGGAAUGGUAAUCCCAAAGAUCGAAUGUUACCGACAUAUAAGAAUAUAUAAACCCUAGAGAAAAAGAUGGUAGUCGUAGUUCCUGUGUAAGUUCGAAAAUUGCAAUUCUAUUAUCAAAAAGUGGGGAAACUUAUUCGAUCAUCUACGAGCCCAUGUCAACGAGAGACCCUACAAAUGCCCAGUAGAUGGUUGUGAUAGAGCAUUUACUUAGAAGAGCAAUUUAGAGAAGCAUAUGAAAACUCACAGAAGAUGCUACUUGAGAUGCGGAGAAUGCAAGUAGAUUUUUACCAAGCACAAAAUUAUAAGGCAUUUCUUGUCUGUGCAUUAAGAAGAAAAAUUGGAAAAUGAAGUGCCAAGAAAAAGUAUGAAUGAUCAUGAAACACUAAAAUCACUUUAGGAAGUAAAAAAUACCUCUAAAGAUGAAAACUAUGAAAUAAAUGAUGGGUAAAUUCAGUUUGAAAAAAAAAAUUCAAGAAUAUUCAAGUAGUGA